GAACGUUCUAAAAAAAAAUAAAUUUCAAUCAUUUUAAAUCAAUUUUUUUUUUUUCAUUUAAAAAAAAAGUUUCGUUAGUUGUGUGUUUUUUUUUCUUUUUGAAAAAAAUUAUUCUUUGCUUAAAGAAAAAGAAAAACCCGAACGUCUAAAAAUGGAGACGUUCGGGAAAAUAUUAAUUUUGAAAAACCUCAUCAUCACUAUCAUUGUUUUGACUGAAGGAAAAACUGUUGAUAUACUGACGUCCGCCGGUUUGCCAUCAUCACUUGAAGACGAAGAGAUCCUCCGUAUCCUCGGACAAAAUAAAUCACAGGCAUUCUCGGAAAAUUUCACAUUUGUUGAACUCGUUGGCAGUCUGAGAAAUCACACGGAAAUAAUUCAGGAUAAUCUGUGGACAACAAAUGAUAUUUAUAAAACGAAUCCUUAUUAUGAUGAUUUUAGCGUGGAGAUUGAUCAAGAGGCACGAAGAUUAUUGCAAAUUCUCCCAGCCUUUGAUCCCGGUGCUGGUCAUGUCAGUUCUGAAUGUAAAAGACAAUCGGACAUUUUUCACAGGGAAUUAAGCAAAUUUAGUCUCUGGGCUCUCAAGAUGUAUGAUGCAACAGCAAAAAUGCCAUCGGGACUUUUGAAUGGCAACGUGAAUCAAUUUGGUGAUUUUGACGAAUGCAUUGGAAUCGAAGGAAGCGAGGGAAUUCGAGGACAAUAUUGUCUAGCUUAUUUGCAACUUGAUUUCGAUCAAUCGCGUCCUGAUCUCAAAUAUCUUCAUCGACUUCUUCAUUCACAUUAUGCUUUUAGAAGUAAUUUUUCCGACCCAGGACAUCGGGUGCCUCGUUUUAGUACGAUAAAUUGGGCGAUAUGUACGCCAGCGGCGUGUUCACCUCACGAUGUUGAAUCAUCCCUACGACACGCAGUUACAAAUUAUGCAUCGCAAACUGGCUUCAAGAUUUCUGUUAAAGUCGAGCGAGAAAUGUGCCAGGUUCAACGAACCGAAUCCUACACAAGGGAAACUAUUACCGUGGGACUUUUCUUUCUUGGAAUCGUGUUAUUUUCGACAAUGGCAGGAGUUUGCGAUCUCUAUGAUAUUCCAACGAAUAACAUUGUUCAAGCAUUUUCGUUGAGUCGGAAUUUGAAGAAACUGAUUUCGACUAAUCGAUCGGUUGAUGAUAUUGGAACUCUUCAUGGAGUUCGAUUUCUAAAUGCAUUGAUGUUGAUUGUCGCUCACAAAAGUAUGGCUCUCUUUUUCAAUCCCUAUGCAAAUAGAACAGAAAUGUCAGAGUAUCUAGGAAAACCGUGGACCGUUUUGGGACGUGCUGCAAGUCUUUACACGGAUCCUUUUAUUAUGAUUUCUGGACUUUUGACAAGUUAUUCAUUUGUUGGAAGACUGAAUCGAAAUGGAAAAUUGAAUAUUUCUAAUGAAUAUAUUUCAAGAUUAAUGAGAUUGGUUCCAACUCUCGGUGCUCUUAUUUUAUUUUGUACGUAUAUAAUGCCAUUUAUUGGCUCGGGACCACAGUGGAAUUUAGUAGUCACCCAUCAUGCGGAUAUCUGCAAAAAAACCUGGUGGAGAAAUUUUCUUUUUAUUCACAAUUAUUUUGGCUUUGAGAACAUGUGUCUUACACAUACACAUCACUUGGGAAUUGACACUCAAUUAUUCGCAAUAUCGCCACUAUUUAUUAUUCUACUUUAUAAAAGACCAAAAAUUGGAGCUAUCAUCCUAACUGGAAUUGCUGUAUUUUCCACAUUUUUGCGAUAUUACAUAACUUAUUUUAGAAGAUUGAAUAAUUAUGUCUUUUUCGGAACAUCAAUUCGACAACUAUUUGAUACUGCAAAUUUUUCCUAUAUUCUCCCAUCGCACAGACUGACGGUUUACAUAAUUGGAAUCUUCCUUGGUUAUUUACUGAGAAAUUAUCCCAAAGGCUUCAAAUUAAAUCAGAAAUUUACUUACGUUGGAUGGACUUUGAGUAGCUUAUUAUGCCUGGCAGCUUUCGUUGGUCCGGCACCAAUGGGGGCCAUCGAUUAUAUUUACAAUCCUGUGCAUGCUGCGACUUACAAUGCAUUUGCUCCAAUUGGAUGGUGUGCUCUCUUUGGAUGGUUGGCCUUUGUAUCGCACACUGGAAAUACAAACAGCUGGAUCAGUAAAUUAUUUUCCUGGAAAGGAUUUUUAAUAACAACGAGAUUAAGUUAUGCGAUUUAUUUGACGCAAUUUCCAGUUUUCUUUUUCAAUGUCGGUCAAACGAGGACUGCCGAAAAUUAUGGUUUCUUCAGAAUGAUCUUCAAUUUCAAGGAAUUAUUCUGGAUAGUUUUCACUGCGGCGAUUCUGACACUUUUCUUCGACAUGCCAUUCCAAAAUAUCAAGACAAUUCUCCUGAAGAAGCCCAAAUCGUCAGGAACUGAAAAAUCCUCCAAAGUGGAAUAAUUUAAGUUCUUUUAUUCUGAAAAAAAUCUGUUUUUUUAAAAUUCUCCCCCCAAAAACACAAAGAGACAGAAAUUUUCUGAAAUUUUAAAAACCUGACGCUUAAGCUGUGCAUUUUUAUUACUUUUAUAUCAAAGAAGAAGAAAAAGGAAAAUAAAAUUAGUUGUUAAUUAUAGAAUUAAAAAUAAGAAUUCAAAAUGAUAUUUUGAAUUCAAGGUUCACGAUUUGUAAAUAGUCUCUUCCAUGACUCAGAUGUAUGGAAUUAGGGAAGUGCAAAUGCUUGCCUUCAUAUACAAUGUAUAUGACAGCUAAGAUUAAUUUAUAUUCUUUUAUCGCUCAAUUUGUUUUUUUUUUUUUUUUAUAAAAUCCUGUAAAUAUUAUGUAAGUAAGGUGCGCAUUAUUUCUAAGAACGUAAACAUAAUUUUACAUCCUAUUUGUAAGAAAUUUUUUAGGAAAUAUUUCAUAUUUUUAACGCAGUGAAUCGACAUUUUUAAACAAUUCAAAUACUUUGUACAAAUUUCAACUCUUGAAUUGUUAAAAAAGAAUUCUAAAUUAUAAUUCAAAAUGAGAAUAAAAAGAAGACGAGAAUGUGUA